AUGGGAGUCAUCCCAGAGCAGGACGAGCUGAUGGAGGAGUUCGAGGUGGACGGGCAGGCCGCCGCCAGCACGGGUGGCACCGCCAACGGCGGCGGCGACAAGGGCAAGGGCAAGGGUAAGAAGGGCAAGGGCAAGAAGGGCAAGGGCCAGAAAAAACCCGAGGAGGCGCCCGAGGAGGGCAAGGCCGCAACGGUGCAGCCUAAGAAGCGGGCUAAGUACUCGAAGGCGAACGGCAAGGCCAAGGCCGUCAAGCCUGGGGAGAACGAGCGCGUCUGCCGGACGUGUGCAGAGGCAAAGCCAAAGACUUCCUUCGUUUCCCAAUGCAACGAUUGCGAGGAUUGCCGGCUGCCCUUGAACAACCUCCGCAACAUGACAUUGAGGUUUAGCAGCGAGGAGGAUGUCACGUGGUUCAACGAGUACGUCGCGGACCCGGAUAACCGCCUCAAGCUCAUCGCGCAGUACAACUUGCGCUGCCCACCGAACACAGAAAUUACGAACGGGCCGCGCGGCACCUUUCCCUUGAUGCAGUACCGCAAGGAGCUGCAGAUGGAGAAGGCUAUCAUCAAAGACGGGAUCUAUGAGAUGAUGUCGGAGAUCGCCUUCCAGCACUGGGCCGGCAAGCCCAAGAACGGCGGGCUCGGCCCCGCGGAGGCUAGCGCCAAGUGGAGGGAGAGGUACGACAAGCCUGGCGCGGUCACCGACCUGCUCGGCGAGAACCCGAAGUAUGCGCAGAGGGUGGCGAUCAAAGUCAAGGACUUGCUCGUGGACCGCCUGGCUAAACGCGAACUGGAGGCCGCAUCGUUCCUCGACAAGCAGGUCACCAACGCGACCGAGGAGGACCAGAAGAAGGCGCUGAAUCGCUUGGAGAAUGCGCGGCUCGGCGAGGCAUCUGAGCUGGCUGGGCUAGGCACUUCCAAGAUGUUGGAUGUGGCCAAGCAGUUCGCGGCCGCCUCUGGCGACCUUGCCGACGGGGGCUCUGGCUCGGAGCUGGCGGACAUGAAGCGGAAGGUCGGCGACGCCCGGGCCAUGAUGGCCGACUACGACAAGGACGAGGAAGCUCGCGAGGCCAAGAAGCAGAAGGCCUCAUCGGCGGCGGCGGCAAAGGCCGACGUGGAUGGCGGCGCCAGCGGCGCCGGUGGAGAGCCUGGCAGCGGGGGUGCUGCGAAGUCCGGCACCGGCGAGAAUGCCGCCGAGGAGGCGGCCAGGCCGGUAUGGAACCAGAGGGGCGUGAAGAUCGCGGACGCCUUGAAGUUGCACGAGAAGUGGAGCGGCGAGCAAGAUGAGAGCGUGGUGAGCUUGAUCGCCAAGGCGAAGAUUGCCCUACAGGCCGUAGCCGCCUCCGACCCGGGGAUCGCGACCACGUGCUGCCGCGACGCGGACAUCCUGAGGAACAGGCUCCACGCGCUGAGGUUGGUCAAGGGCGGCGCGGAGAGCGUCAAUGCCGUGAUGGAGCUGAAGGCCGCGACGGGCGACCAG